UUUUCCUCACCGGCUCCAUCCUACGAGCACUAAUAAUCUCAGGCUUCCUGCGCGUGUCGCUGAAAACAGCGAGCCAUUGCUUUGACGUCACGGUGAUGAUGGUGAUUGGAAUCCGCACGGCGAGUGUAGUGCGCGUGAAGCGGCUCCUGUGGACCUCAGUAUGUUGAUGCCUUAAUAACAAGUGUUCAAUUUUACGCGCCAAUUGCAGGAGCACCCAAGGAGAGAAGCAAAUCUGUGAGAUGGUUCGAUAAAUGUCGAUGUAAUGGAUUUGACGAAAAUGGGUGCGAUCCACCUCCAGAACCCCGGCCACCCCACAUCGCUCCUGCAGAAGGCCAACCAGAUGCGCCUCUCUGGGACAUUGUGUGAUGUGGUCAUCAUGGUCGACAGCCAGGAGUUUCAUGCCCACAGAACCGUGCUCGCAUGUGCUAGUAAGAUGUUUGAGAUCCUGUUCCUCCGCAACAGCCAACAUUACACUCUGGACUUCCUCUCACCAAAGACAUUCCAGCAGAUUCUGGAGUACGCCUACACCGCCACGCUCCAGGCCAAGCUGGAGGACCUGGACGAUCUGCUGUACGCCGCAGAGAUUUUAGAGAUAGAAUACUUGGAGGAGCAAUGUCUGAAGAUCUUGGAAACCAUCCAGGCGUCUGAAGAGAACGACACAGAUGUGAACAUGAACGAGAACGGCGCAGAGGAUGCCGAUGACCACAGGAUCAAAUACCUUAAGAGCGCUUUCAUGUCUAAAAAGCAUUCCAUACAGGAUGGCGGCCAUCGUCAUCGUUUGGCCCUGGUCAGCAUGGUCGAUAAGAGAUCUUCAGAGUCCACCCAACGGGGUCUUUCAACCGUCAGCCCGACUAAAGCAGCUAUAGAGGGCCUGAUGAGCAUGGGACAGUCCGUCCUCCAGGAAAACAUGGCCCAGAGUUUCUCAAAUAACCUCGGUAACUCAUCUCCAUUGCUAGAUAAAAUCAAGACUGAGAUGAUGCAGGUAGACGAGGACUACCAACAUAAAGGCGGCUUCCCCAGGAACGGGGAGGGUGGAGGUGACUCCAGGCAGCACCGGGACACUCCUGGAACCCCGACCAGAGGUAGCGUCAUCACCAGCGCUCGCGAGCUCCACUCCGCCGAUAGUUCUGCUGAUUCCCAAGGAGACAACACUCAAGCGGGUCUGGGCAAUAUGGCCAGUCUGGCUGAUAGACAUUUCGCUUCGCUGUGCUCUAUCCCGUCCAACCAUAAGAGUGAAAGCAUGCUGCCCUUGCCUGUGUCCAUGGCCUCGUCGUUACAUGUGCCAUCCUCCCUGGCCAUGUCGAUGGAUUUCAGUGCCUAUGGGGGGCUCUUCCAUCAGAGCUUGAUUCAGAGGGAGUUCUUAAGCAAGCUCGGGGAUUUCACAGCGAAUGUGAAGCAUGAGGUCCAAGCCCAGAAAGAAAGAUGUGAGGUGUGUGAUAUGGCGUUGCCUGAUGGUGAAGCUGCUGAACAACACAGGAAGUUGCACGGUGGAGUGAAGACCUUUGGCUGUGAGUUCUGUGGAAAGCAGUUCCUGGACAGUUUACGACUGAGGAUGCACAUGCUUUCUCAUUCAGCUGGACCAAAAGCACUAGUAUGUGAUCAGUGUGGCGCUCAGUUUUCCAAGGAAGACGCCCUGGAAGCCCAUCGGCAGACUCACACAGGCUCAGACAUGGCAGUGUUUUGUCUCCUAUGUGGGAAGCGUUUCCAGACCCAGAAGGCUUUGCAGCAGCACAUGGAGAUUCACGCCGGCAUGCGCAGCUAUGUCUGCAGCGAGUGUGAACGCACCUUCCCGAGCCACACAGCGCUCAAACGCCAUCUCCGCUUGCACACAGGUGACCAUCCAUUCGAGUGCGAGUUCUGCGGCAGCUGCUUCCGUGACGAGAGCACACUGAAGGGUCACAAGCGCAUCCACACCGGAGAGAAGCCUUAUGAAUGUAACGGAUGCGGCAAGAAGUUCAGCCUCAAGCAUCAGCUGGAGACCCACUACCGCGUCCACACAGGUGAGAAGCCGUUUGAGUGCAAGCUGUGCCACCAGCGCUCGAGGGACUACUCCGCCAUGAUCAAACACCUGCGUACCCACAACGGCGCUUCACCCUACCAGUGCACCAUCUGCCAGGAGUACUGCCCCAGCCUCUCGUCCAUGCAGAAGCACAUGAAGGCCCACAAGCCCGAGGACGUGCCCCCAGACUGGAGGAUAGAGAAGACCUACCUGUACCUCUGCUACGUGUGAGACAGGGCAACAAAACUGAAUGGGAAAGUGGCAAGAUACGCCCAAAGACAAUUCACUUGAAGGUUUGCUUUUGGUCCUAGCCAAAGAUGGUGAGAGGGCGUGGUCAAAGUAAUGAAAUGUGAUGUGGAUUUUUUUUGACCUUCUGUUUGUGACAUGCAUUUGUGCACAUUUUUAGGAUGUAACUGCACUCACAAAUGUUUAUAAAAUGUGAUAUGUGAUAAAGGGAUACGAAUUUUCUGAAAGUGUGACGAGAAUCCAUUUGUCUGCAUUCCACCCUAUUAAUUGGAGAAAUUCACUGCAUGAUCAUUAUGUAAUGUUUUAUUCAAAUAAGGAUUCCCGCACUUUUUUUUCAUGGACAACCCAUAAGCCAUAGACUUUCAAGACCCCAUGAAAUCUCCAAGUGGUGGGGAAUGUCAUAGGGAUCAUCCAAUAGUCUUUAGUUGCAUCACAACCAUGAUUUUAAAUGCAUAUCCGCGAAAGGUCAACGUUUAGAAUACGCUAGCAACCUUAAAGCUCACACACAUGGACUCAAAGCCUCAUAUUUUGAUUUCAUGGGGUCUAAAUGGAGCUAUUCGGAGUCAAAUAAAAACGUGGACCAAAGCUUAAAAUUCACACACAUGAUGAAAUAGAGCUGAACACAUUAGCGAAUGAAAUUAUGCCCUUUUUUAGUAAAUUGCUCCCUUAAGUUCAUUAUUAGGUUCUCUAGUACUCAAUUUUCAUGUUUUAAAAAAUUUUUUAUAUACUUAAAUACUUGCGAGGAAAUGCACAGGAUUGGACCCAAGAGUCAUUUUCUUUAAAGCGUAAUAAAGUGCUUAACAAAACAGCUUUUCUCAGAGGUACAUCCAAAUUGUGCUGCCAAGCAACUAUAGUGGAUGUUCAGGGACAUUUAUUCAACCUUAAAUAACUACACUGUGCACUUUCAGAGUUUCAGAGGCCCACUUUUGUUUUUUUCAGCACCACAUUCUGCAUUUAGUGCAUUCAGACGAAGCCAGAGAGGUGAAUCUCUGUGAUUUGCUUUCAUUUCAGUCACUUUCACACCAAAUAAUACAGCAUGUCAGUUGAUUUUAUUUGAACUUUCACAUGGUAACAUGACAAAAUCACAGUUUUGCAACUGCAGGCAUUAUAGUCUAAUGAAAUGUUAAUAUCAUACUCGGAAAUCAAUUUAUGAAUUAUUUUCAUAUUACAUAUUAUUAUUUUUUACAAUUAAAAAACACAAUGCAGUAUAUGUUUCUGCAGUCUUCUGCUGAGAAUUCCUUUAGUUAGCUCGCCGUUUUAGUUUGUGUUCUGUCAUCUCUAUUUGAACGUUUUACUUGAAUUGCCUAAUUUUGUUACCGCACAUGAUUUAUUUUUGUACUAGUCUUUGUCCCUCAUUUCCUGCUGAGCUUUGUUUAAAAGCUGCACAAUGCAUUCAGAAUACCACAUCAUCAGUCCCACACAGAAUUCGAGAGAUCCCGCAAAAUCUAAGCAGAAUUGGAACGUUUGUUCGCAACAUUCUAUGUAUCUGCCACUUAUGUGUUUAUGUUUUUGGUUAACUAGUAAAUGUUUUAGUUAUCAAAAAGACUGUAGUACUUUACAUUUAAAGUGUUUUACUAUUUUUAAAUCUUUUCUGCACUACUGGAGUAUUCUUAAAAAAUCAGUAAAGGCGUGGUCACAUUUGCCUUUGGUGAAUUUCAACAGGCAAAAUUACAAUGCACACUCAUGCCAAUACGUAACUAUUUUAUGUUCUGGCAAAUUUGUGACUAAUUAUUCAUGUAAAUUUGUACAUCUUAUUUAUAAAUUUUUGUAUGAUCUGCUUACACCCCACUGAUGGUAAAGUUUAGGGGUGGACCUUCAUGCUUACGUAUUUUUCUAAACAAUUGUCCAUUUCCGUAACAAAUCACAUCGUACGAAUUCAUACAAAAUCAGUAACAUAAAAUAGUUACGAUUUGGCAUGAGAUCGGGUUGGAAAUCCAAUCUUUUCAAUAGGAAUCUACAUAAUCAGGAGUUUCACAUGAGGGCAAAAGAUUUCCACUUUCGCAGAUUUUGCAACGGGUUCAACUUGGUCAUGUGAAUUUGCCUCAUUGACCAACAGAAAGAUGGUUUGAAAGUGACUUCUGUGUGAGCCGUGCUUCAUCUGCUUAAGGCCCACUGAUGGUUAUGUUUAGGGAUGGACCCUCAUGCUUAUGUUUAUUUUCUAAAAAUCAUACGUUUUCAUAGGAAUAACAUCUUAUGCAUUCAUUCGAAAAUCACCACCUCGGGGUCUUCCCAUCAUUACAGUAUUGACAGAGUGAACAUUUUUUGCUCGUGAUAUUUACUGUGAAAUUUGGCUAUUGUGACCACAUCUUAAAUUACGUCUGGGUCUGUGAAUUAUUCAGUGGUAUUUUAUCAGUAAGCAUAGUACUAGUGUGCAUAUCUGCCUCUCGGCCAUCUGUUUCAGGGCUACCUCUACUCUGCUCUCAGUUUUGCACUAAAGCAAAAGCACACUUUUGUUUUGCUUGUAACUAGCAUUUUCAAUUAUGCCCCAAUCUCAUGUUUCCAUCCGCUAGAAAAAAACAGCCCGGUUCGUUCGUUAUUAUAUUUACACUCCUUACGAUGAAACAUAUUCAACCUGAAAGGGUAGAUGCAUACAUUCUAGAUGAUUUUAGAAUAGCGUUGAGAAAAUGUUUAGUUAUUAGAUACUUGAGGGCAUAAACUUGAAACAAUGUGAAUAAAAAUGAUGUUUUUAUGUGAAAAUUAUUCAAGCGGUAAGUCAUCAGAGAUGCGGUACUGAUGCGUGCAGUUACGUGGGGAAGUUCGCUAGAGAAAACAAAAACGAAUAGGUGACUUUCUGUGAAAAUAAAUCUCUCGACAAGAGCCAAACGUGGCACUUUGAUAAGGGAAUAUGUUGUAUUCUUGUACGGGGUAUUGUGCGACCCAUUCUUUUUUGUUUAUUUUGAGUGAGGCGAAUAUUUUUACAGUAUCUUUUGCAUUUGUGCUUGUUCUUGAUUUGAGUGGAAAAUUGUUUUCUUGUGCUUAUUUUGCAAUGUUAAACAUAUACAAGUAGUAGAUGUAUGUAAAGACAUAUUGUAGUCAUUGCUGCUGGGUGUCAAUUCAUAUGAUGAUGAUGAUGAUUCCACAUUUUGGGUAUAAAAUUACUGUGAGUGAACUAACGCCAAGAGCUGUAGGUCAUGGAGCACAAGCGACCUGUAAGACAUGAAAAGUAAAGCUGUAUCUGUGUGUUUGUAUCGUGUUCACCGCUCACUGUAAGAUUAGAGUCACCUAUACGGUCUGUACUGGUCCUUGUGUGUGCAGUGUGAGUCAAUGUGGUCGACUUAUUCAGUGUUAAAUACAUGCACCGGUUAGCAACAAAGAGCUGCUCUGACAGACACCCUGUAAAUGAUUUGAUACAUCUUCUGCCCUGUAUUUGUGUCUUUAUGCAAAGUCACCUUGAUAUGAACUGUGCUCUUAGGCAAUCAGGGAUGCCUUCACUUUACUCACAGAACAUCACAGAUAUACAUUUUAGGAUAAACACUACACUUUCUUUGCCAUUAUGGAAACUACGUUUAGUUUUGUAACCGCUUUCAGCUACUUUUUUUUCGGUUGCCACAAGCAAUACAUCUACAGGUCAGCAUGUAAGUGAAAACUUGGCAUCCCUGCCGCUGUAUCACUGUGUUUUACUUUGCUUUCAGACAGGAAGUAGCCAUGUCACUCAGUGCGCCCAUAUUUGUGCCAUUGUUACACAAAUUAAUACUCGGACUGAGGAUCCACGUGGGACCAAACGGCCAUUUUCGCUCCAUUUGCCUUGUUCUAGUGACAA